AAUGGAUUAAAAAUUAUAAGAAGAAGAAGAAGAAGAACUUGAUGAGAAACAAUUACUAGAAAAAUAAAGAUAUUAGAAAAUAUAAAAAGAAAUCUAAGAAUCAUAGGAUAGAUCAAAUGAAACAUUAUAAAAAAUGAAACUUACAUUCUAAACAAUUAAUGAUGUCUAAGAGCAGGCAAGAUCAACUGUUGAUAAUAUUGACAACUUUUAAAAAACUUUUAGCAUCACAAUGGAUUAAUUACUUGAAAACAUAGGCAAAUCCUUAAUUUCAAAUAGUAUAAGUUCAAGUGAACAUAAUCCAAAAACUGCUAUAGAAUUAACUAUAAAUGAAGCAAAAUAAUUAAUCACUAAAAACACUGUUAUUUUAUGUGGUUCAGGUCUCAGCAAAGCAAGUGACAUUCCUACUUCAAAAGAAUAGAAUGGAGUAUGGCUAUAUGGAGAUUGCAAUUACCAAUUAUCUAAAUUGAAAACUAGAGAUUUCUUAUUAGAUUAAACUGAAAUAUAUUGGGAAUGGCAUAAAUAAUUUAAAUAAUAAACAUAGGAUAAAAUACCAAAUGCUGGUCAUAUUGCUAUAAAGAAUUUUAAAGAAAAAAAUAAAGAUGCUUUGAUUGUUAAUUUAAGUAUUGAUAAUUUGUUAGUUUCUUUGUUUGAAUCUGAAUAGAUUAAAUAUGGAUAUAACAAAUAGGUUUAUGAAAUUAAUGGUAAUAUCAAAUAUAUGAGAUGUUUGUAUGAAUGUACAUUUCAAGAAGCAGAAUUAAUGACUGUUUAUGAUAUUCCAGAUCUAUUAUAAUAAGAGAUUCCAAAAUGUCCUAUAUGUGGAGCAAAAGGAAGACCUCAUUUAUUAUUACUUGAUGAAGAGAUUUUAGAUGAAAAUUGUAGGAUAACAGAAAUAUAAGAGUUAUAUUAAAGGUAUGAUACUAUUAUUGUAAUUGGUACAACUUUAUAAACUCAUUUCGCUAAAACUUUGGUUUGUGAAUUUAUCAAAAAGAAAGCUACAAUAAUUGAAAUAAAUCCAGAACCUGUUAUUGAAGUUGGAAAUACAUUUUGGUUAAUAGGAAAAUCAGAAGAUAUUCUACCUGAAUUAUUAGAUUGAAG